AUGGCCGUCGCAACCCGAAAUGUUUUAUGAGGCGGCUUUCCUACUGAACUCUAUAUAUACACUGAUUGGUAGCUACAAUAAUAUACGUGCGUAAUUGUUUUGUCAACGUUGUGAAAAACCGAAGUUAUAAUGAUUGUUUUUAUAGGGAAAAUUAAAACUAUACACGUACUCACCUUGGCAUAUAUUCUCUGCUUUUGGUAGCGCCAAAAAAUAUAUUUUACCUUUGCGUUUGUUAAAGAAAAGGGAAACAAUAUAUGCAAAAUCUACAUUUUUGAAACUUUUUACAGGCCAGUUGCCACGGUAACUGAUAAAUUGAUACGUGCUAGCCCGUAUCACGGAUGCCGCGUUCGCGUCAUAGCGUUUUGCCUAGCGUUUCCAGUCCAUUCCUUUGAUUGUCUAUGAUCAGAGCCACCAAUUAUAUCUGACCUGCAUUCAAGACAGGACGAGACAGCGCAACACAGUCAACAACUGAUUGAGGCGUUAGGAAAAGUCACACAAAUAAAACGCCUACCUCAAGCGAAAACAGAUGUCUACCGAGGAGACGAAAAGGAUAAGAUAAAAUAUUUCCUCUCGGAAAUAUCUUUCGAUGCCCUUGUUGAUUCAGCUCCAGUGACAGAUCCACAAAAGCUCCAUUUACUUUAUCAACAUCUUGAUGGACGAGCAAAGAAAGUAGUCGAACAACUGCAAUAUAUGAUUGAAGACCCAGCAACAGCCUAUAAUGAAGCACGUAAGAUAUUGAAAGAGCGUUUUGGACACACCGCUUUUUUAGAAAUUGAUUUCGAGAACAAGCUUACCAAAUGGCCAACAAUUGGCAACAAUGAUGCACAAGGAUUACAGGAAUUUGGUGACUUCUUGCAGCAAGUCAAGAUAGCUAGCCAGUACAUCCCCAAAUUAAAGAUAUUUCAGUAUCCCUCAAAGUUGCAGAGUCUUGUCGAGAAACUUCCAUUAUGGUUUAGAAACAAGUGGUCCAGUAAAGUACAGAAACUUCAGCGAUUAGAAGGUCAUAACGCGUUCCCUACAUUCAACGCUUUCAUGGAAGAAGUAAUUUUCCAUGCUGAGCGCAUGAACAUUCCACAGUUAAAGUCUUUCCAGAGUUCAAAUCUAAAAGAUCUAAACUUUGGCGCAUUAUCUAAGUCAUAUGACAAGAAAGGGAUGGGAACCAGGACGCUGGCAUCAAGAAUGACUGGUUUUGAUGAGACAAUUGAAAUAAAACCAGAAGAAAACGAACAGUCGUCUAUUAAUAACGUAAAGAUUAAGGAGAAAGAUGACGUAAAAGGCGAAGUAUAUUGUCCAUAUCACAAAGCAAAAACGCAUUCACUGAACCAGUGUAAGAAAUUCAGUGAGUUACCUUUUGAAGAAAGGAAGGAUUUUCUGUUUAAGAACAGAUUAUGUUUCAACUGCGCGAAGUCAGACAAGCAUAUCGCCAAGAAGUGCGACCAGACGCCACCUAAAUGUUGUUUUUGUGAGAAGAAGCAUUUGACAGUUCUUCAUGAUCCUACAAGAAAUGAAUCGUUGUCUGCAUGUACCAAAAUUUGUGACGGGAGUAGAGAACUUCGCUCAUGUGCCAGGAUAGUGUUGUUAAAAGUGUAUCAUCGAUCAAAUCUAUCACGCGAGACGUUGACCUACGCAGUCCUUGAUGAUCAAUCUACAGAUGUGUUUGUGUCAAAGAGAUGA